GAUGCCGCGGCACAUUAAUGUCCUUUGACAAAUACGUUGUAUUCGAGCGUCUUCGGGAAAAUGGUCUAUAGGAGAAGCUGUCGUUUUCAACUAGCGUAACUUCUUGUUUGAAAAGUCUAUAGAUCCGCGGAAACCAGCGAGGCUGAGAACCUUAGUGGGUGCCACGGACGCUCGUCUUUGGCACGAUGAGGAGGUGUCUAGCGUUUAGGCGUCAUCCGUACGCAAUCGAUCCCAAGAUCCUGCAAGAGAAGCAGCAGCAAGAGCAGCUUCCACGGAAACUUUCUUUACGAGAAAUAGGUGCAAAUAGCGCAAGGCAGGCAUGGCGAAAAACAAGGAGCGUAUACGAUUUUUUUGUACUGGAUGGUCCAAGAGGAGGUCCAGGAAAGUAGAGACGUGAUGGCACCAGCUACGGUAAAAGAGCCGAAAAGAAAAACCAACAACAUUUUUUCCCUAAUAUCUAACUCUUAUCCACGUCGUAGGCAUCCAUUGCGGCACUUUCUCAACUGCCGAAACAAGUGUAAGUUCUGUUGAGUGCUAACCGGAAAUUAUCUUCACAUUGAGAGCUGAACGUGCAGCGCAAUUUAUUUUAUUGCCCAAUC